GGUCUUUUGGGACAACACAGCUUCACACAGCACAGUGUGCAGAAAUGGCGGUUGCAGGAGUAAAUACAAUGGAGAAGAAACUGGCUGAGUACAAGUGUGACACCAAUGAAGCUAUAUGCCUGAAGCUUGUUCGUUUUCCGGAGGAUGUCGAGGAUGACAGCACUACAUUCCACCCCGAGUACAGCCACCAAGUCUACGGGGACGAUGAGGUCGCUUUUGGAUACAAAGGUCUUCAGAUACAGCUUUUCUACACUGCCGGGAACCUGAGCACCAUCUUCAAAGUGAAAUACUCCUCGAAAGUCACCGAGACGUUUGACUGUGUCGAGCCGGAUGAUAUCGAAGGGAAGAUCCGGGAGAUCGUUCCCGCUGGGUUCACCUGCAACACUGACGACUUCAUCUCACUGCUGGAGAAGGAGGCCAAUUUCAAGCCCUUCGGCACCCUGCUUCACACAUACACAGUCCACAGCGAGGAGGCAGGAGAGCUCACAUACCAGAUUCACAAGGCGGAUAUCAACUGCCCGGGAUUCCGAGAGUACCACGAGCGCCUGCAGACCUUCCUCAUGUGGUUCAUAGAGACUGCCAGCUUCAUCGAUGCAGACGACGAUCGUUGGGACUUCUUUCUCGUAUUUGAAAAGUACAAUAAAGAUGGGGAGACUCUCUACGCAACUGUUGGCUACAUGACAGUUUAUAAUUACUACGUGUAUCCAGACAAAACCCGACCACGUGUAAGCCAAAUGUUGAUCCUGCCUCCGUUCCAAGGAGAAGGUCACGGAGCUCAGCUUCUGGAGGCAGUGCACAGAUUUUACUGCAGCCUGCCUAAAGUGCAAGACAUCACAGCUGAAGACCCGUCUGAGAACUACGUGAAGCUGAGAGACUACGUGCUGGUCAAGCUUUGUCAAGGCCUGACGUCCUUCGCUGCAGACAAGCUGCACCUCGGCUUCUCAGCUGACAUGAUCAAAGAGGCGCAAGACAAGUUGAAAAUCAACAAGAAACACGCGAGGCGAGUGUAUGAAAUCCUUCGUCUGAGAGCGACAGACAUGAGCGACGAAGACAAAGCGAGAGAGUACCGUUUGGAGGUGAAGAAGAGGCUAUUUGGCCCGUACAGGAAGAAUCAGAGGGAGCUGGCGAAGAUGAGGAAGUGCCUGCGGCCGGAGGAGCUGGUGUCCCACGUGGAUCAGAUGGACACUCAGACGCAGCACGAGGAGCUGGAGAAGAGCUACCAGCUCGUGUUGGAAGACUACAGGAGAAUCAUUGAGAGGAUUGCAACACAUGCCUGAUCAGACUGUGAGAUGCUGCUGGCCUGGAGCCCACACCUCUCAAACAUACAGGUGGUCUGUACAAAGCCCACGUCACCACAGACAUUAGCUGCAACCAAGAAGAAGCUCUCCUGAUGUAACAAAAUCACUGUUUUAAUUAAAGAGUGUUAGAGAUUUAUUGUGGCUGAGUCAGUGGAGUGAUUGCAGUGGAGAAGACCUUUCUGUUUCCUGGCUGAUGUUGAUACGGUGCAGCUGGAGGGUUCAGACUUCCUGUUUGUCCCAUAAGUUUAAUCACAUUGUGUGAGAUUAACCGAUAAUGUAAUAUUUCACAGGUGAUAGGAGGUCCACCGCCCUGCAGAGAAUCCCUGCUUCUUUUCCAUCGUAGACAUUUUUUCAAGAUCUUUUUGUCAAAACAAUUCCCUACUGUGUGUUUCGAAGCACUUCAUACUGAAAAUAAAAAACAUUUUGUAUAUUGCUCAAAUUGUGUGAUUCUUAUUGUAGAUAAAACAUUUAAAACAAUA